UUGACCAACAUCCAGGUGGGCGACUUGGUGGUGCAGGGCAACCUCAACAUCAUGCUGGCCGCCUUCAACGCGCACUACUGCCGCACCGGCCUGGACCCGCAGUUCGACCCCGUGUACCCGGACCCGGCGCCGGGGGGUUACAACGCGAGCGACUGCGGCACGCACGUCCCGCCGCGCGUCGUCGCCAUCAUGUACGCGUGGAACGAGGCCUGGUACUCGGACGGGUUUUUUGCGUCCGUCUUCCCCGCCUCGUGCCCGUGGGUCACGUCGGUCGGCGGCACGCAGUUCCUGCCCGUCGUCUCCAACGGCAGCAGCACGACGGCUAGUAGUGGCGUGCCGUCGUCGUCGUUCCCGGGCGAGACGGCGCUCGACGACAACAGCACCGUGUCGUCCGGCGGCGGCUUCAGCCGCCUCUUCCCGGCGCCGUGGUACCAGGGCAACCUGACGCGCGAGUACCUGGCCUCCGCGCCGGGCGCCGCCGAGCUGGCGCGGCAGGGCUACUUCAACGGCUCGGGCAGGGGCUACCCGGACAUCUCGGCCAUGGCGCGGAGCUUUCUGGUCGCGCUGCACGGCGGGUACCGCGCCGUGUCGGGCACGUCGGCGUCGACGCCCGUCGUCGCCGCCAUGGUGGCCAAGAUCAACGACGCGCGGUUGCACGCCGGCAAGAGCACCGUCGGGUUUCUCAACCCUGUGCUGUAUUCUGCCGCUGCGCGGAAGGCGGGCGUGCUGCGCGAUGUGCAGCUGGGCAAGAAUCACGGGUGCGGAGUCGGCGAGGCGUUCCCCGCCAGGCGGGCGUGGGAUGCUGUGACUGGGUUGGGAACGCCGGACUUUGAGAAGCUGAAGGAGUUGUACCUCCGUUUGCCAUGA